AAGGGGUCAUCUUAGUUGCAGUGGCAAUAAUACAAGAAGACCCUCGCUGCUGUCUCUUAUUCUUUUUCGAAGCUAAAGGGAGGAAAGGGCAAGAAUGGUGGAGGCUUUCUGUGCUACCUGGAAGCUAACAGACAGUCAAAACUUUGAUGAGUACAUGAAGGCUCUAGGUGUGAGCUUUGCAGUUAGGCAGGUGGGGAAUGUGACUAAACCAACUGUGAUCAUCAGUCAGGAAGGGGACAAAGUGGUGAUCAGGACUCAAAGCACAUUCAAGAACACGGAGAUUAGUUUCCAUCUGGGAGAAGAGUUUGCUGAAACAACUGCAGAUGACAGAAACUGUAAGUCUGUUGUAAGUCUGGAUGGAGACAAACUCAUUCAUGUACAGAAAUGGGAUGGCAAAGAAACAAAUUUUGUAAGAGAAGUUAAGGAUGGCAAAAUGGUUAUGACUCUUACUUUUGGUGAUGUGGUUGCUGUUCGCCACUAUGAGAAGGCAUAG